GUAAAACAUGAUUAGGAGCCGUAGGCUGCAUGUUGUUCACGUGCCACGCAUGAAUACAUGUGUUUCACGUGCAGUGCAACAUGCAUAUAUAAGGUUAAAACAACCUUUGUUAAAACAUUAGAUAAUCUUAACAAACAAAGACUGCUUUUCAAUCACUAUAUACCAGAUCACUGUAGAUGAUAUCAAAGUUAGAAGAUGGCGAUUGAAGAAUCCAGUAAAAAUUCUGUGAUAACUGCUAUGAGGCAGUUCAUACAUUCUGUAGAUGAAAUGGACUCGACUGUGUUAGUUCCAAGACGGCUUAUGGAUAUACCGGCUGUACAGCUAGAGCGAGCUCAAGUUAACAAGGACAACCAAGAAAUAUUACAAGAUAACAUUGACUUAUUCAAGUUUUAUACAAUGCUAGUUGAGACAAGAGACGAGAUGAUAUGGGGAGGACGUAGCACAGAUGCCGAAUCGAGCAGCGUUUGUCCAAUUGUAAAACAGUUACAGCAAUUUGCGCGAGUAUUAAACGAUCUUACAGACAUGGCCGAUCAACUAAAGGAGCGAUAUGAAUAUGACAUAAAUAAUAUCGGCAGUGGAAGGAAUUCGCCUAGUUAAGUUAAAUAUGUUGUAGACAAAGAUAGCCUAUAUAUGAUUGUUGGCUGUAGAGACUACUCAGACUAAUACUAUAGAGCGAUACUCAAGACUAAUACUAUAGAGCGAUACUAAGACUAAGACUGGACUGGACUUGGCUCUGGACUAUAGUCUAUAUUGACUAGUCUAUGCAAAUAUAUUAUUUAUUUAUUCGUAUUUGCACCAUUGGUGUAGAGUAGCUCACCAACGGCAAUACUGGACUUGGAAGUUAAAAUUUGUUAAAAAAAAUUUAAUUUGUAAAAUUUUGUAUCAUAUCAAUUGAGCAAUACCAAUAGAUUUCUGGGCUGCAUAUUAUUAGCCUGAAUGAUGGCGACCUCAAAUCCAAUAUGUGUAUAUACCAGGGGCUACUUGAAGUGUUUAACUUUCAUCUUUUUUCAUAAUAUUUAAUUUAGAUUAUUAUUAAAAUUCCAGGAUUAUACGG